CUCACAAGUUUCAAACAAAUUCUUUAGGGUAGCACUGGACUAGAUGCCGGCUUUAAUAAAGGAACAAGCAAACAUGGAGCAGGUGGGAGACAGGCACCUCUGCUUGUGUCCCCAACUUGAGAGAACAAGUUCUUAAAUGUGCAAUAUUAAAACUGCCUGUCUGCCCCGGUGGAUGAAAGAAACAGGCACCCAUUACCUCAACAACCAUCCCUACCCUCACUACAGCUUAGCUCCAACGUUUAUUACAAAGAAGAAUCCCUCCAUGCACGUUUAAAUCACUAUAGUCUCUACAAGAUGAUGCUGAGGCAAACAAUCAUCUGGCAGUCAAUAUCACAUAUGAAUAUCAUUGCACAUAGAGAGCUAAAAAGAGAAUUUCAUUUAUAUGGUAAAUAAUCACAAUCUAGGAUCUCUCAAAGUUUCAAUACUAAACUCUUUCAAGUUUU